GAUCCCCACCCCGGGGCCGAAUCGAUGAAGACAGGGUAACGCGAAGGCCCACGUUCCAAUUGUGUUGUACGUAGAGAAAAAAUUACCUCCUGCGCGAUCUCCAGCGCCCAGCUCCCAGACGAACUCCAGGGGGCGUGGCUCCGGCCAAUCCGGGCGGUGAACCGGCCCACGCCAGCCAAUAGGCUCCUAGCGCGCGCCAGGCUGGCUCCACCGCGCCAGACCCGGGAGGUCUGAACGGAAGUCCGACCGGUCGGCGACUCCGGGGGCGAAGCUCCGCCCCGUCCCCGACUGCAGGAGCGGAGUGAGGAGACGAAGAGGAAGUCCCGCGUGCACACUGACUAUACAAGCGAGGGACCUCGGUGUCAUGGCCGCCGACGGUGACGAUGGCGCAGCCUCAGCUCCAGCCGUCUCUGACGGUUUUGAUGCUGAGGGGGAAGAAAUUUUCCCAGAGUCUCACAUAAGCCACUGGAAGACCCAGGCUUUCUCUCCCCAAAUUCAGGACACUGUUCACUCCAAGGCCUGUGUAUAGAGCAUAUGUGAUACGCUUGAGGAGAAAGCUGCCAUUUCUUGCCUUGAAGGAAACUGCCCCUGCCCCCAGCCAUGGCCUAGCUUGGUAUCUUUUUUCUUAGGCCCUUGCCUGAGCAUUAACAUCCGUCACCCUCCUUAUCCCCAGGUGGUGCCAGCCAAAGCACAAAAUCUGGGGAGGAGCUAGUAGUCCAGGUUCCCGUGGUGGAUGUGCAAAGUGACAACUUCAAGGAGAUGUGGCCAUCCCUCCUGCUGGCCAUAAAGACGGCUAGCUUUGUGGCUGUGGACACGGAACUGAGUGGGCUUGGGGACAGGAAGAGUUUGCUGAACCAGUGCAUCGAGGAACGUUACAAGGCCGUGUGUCAUGCUGCCAGGACCCGUUCUAUCCUCUCCCUGGGCCUCGCCUGCUUCAAGCAGCAGCCAGACAAGGGUGAACACUCAUACCUGGCCCAGGUGUUCAAUCUGACCCUGCUGUGCAUGGAAGAGUAUGUCAUAGAACCAAAGUCUGUGCAGUUCCUGGUACAGCAUGGCUUCAACUUCAACCAGCAGUACGCCCAGGGUAUCCCCUACCACAAGGGCAAUGACAAGGGUGAUGAGAGCCAGAGCCAAUCAGUGAGGACACUAUUCCUGGAGCUAAUCCGGGCCCGCCGGCCCCUGGUACUACACAACGGUCUUAUAGACUUGGUGUUCCUGUACCAGAACUUCUAUGCACACCUGCCUGAGAGCUUGGGUACCUUUACUGCUGACCUAUGUGAAAUGUUCCCAGCUGGCAUUUAUGACACCAAAUAUGCUGCUGAGUUUCACGCCCGCUUCGUGGCCUCCUACCUAGAAUAUGCCUUCCGGAAAUGUGAGCGGGAAAAUGGGAAGCAGCGGGCAGCUGGCAGCCCACACCUCACCCUGGAGUUCUGCAGCUAUCCUUCUAGCAUGAGGGCCCAUAUUGACUACCGCUGCUGCAUGCCCCCUGCAACCUACCGUAUUCAUUCCACCAGCAUCUGUGACAACUUCUCGGCCUAUGGCUGGUGCCCCCUGGGACCACAGUGUCCUCGGUCCCAUGAUAUUGACCUUAUCAUUGACACUGAUGAAGCUGUGGUGGAGGACAAGAGGCGACGGCGACGACGUAGAGAGAAACGGCGGAGGUCUUUGUUGGGCCUGCCUGAGAAACAGACUUCUGGGGAAACCGAGGAUGGUCCUCCCACCAAGCAGGUCUGUAGGGUUGGCCUCAAGCCUGAGGAAAUUGAGCAGGAGGUGCCUGAGGAUGAGACUGGGAACCAACCUGGCUCUAAGCAAGGUCACAAAAAUGACUUGGAGAUGGAGCAGAGAGCAGCAAGGCCUGACACAGCUGACAUGGCCAGCUCGGAAGCUCCAGAGAGUCAAGUCAAUCCUAACCCAGUGCCUGGGGAUGGAUUGCAUCGGGCUGGUUUCGAUGCCUUUAUGACAGGUUACGUGAUGGCCUACGUGGGAGUGGGCCAAGGACCCCAGCCCUGUAACUCUGAACCAUGGCUACCUGAAUGCCACAACAAGGUAUACCUGAGUGGCAAAGCUGUCCCCCUCACAGUGGCUAAGAGCCAGUUCUCCCGUUCUUCCAAAGCCCACAACCAGAAGAUGAAGCUGGCUUGGGGCAGCAGCUGACCCAACUUCUACCCAGCACUCAGGGCCCAGGAAGAGAAGCUGAGGGUGGAACAGAGGGGUCUGGAUCCCUCUAGCCUGUGAGUGUCCUACUCCCAACUACUAGGGGACGGGGACAGGGUCCUGGCAGAGAUACUGCUGCAUCACUCCUGGACCUUUGUCUUUACUCCAGAGGAUGAGGAACAAGGAUACAAGUAAGAAGGCUGACCAGCACCUGUAACACAGACUUUAUUCAUUUUUAAAUCUCAAAGUGUCCUGGGAAAGUUUCAAAAAAAAAAAAAUCAACAGAAACAAGAUAUGAAAAUAUUUGACCAGCUUCAUCUUUGGUUAUUUCUUAUUGCGGCUCUAUAAGGACAGACUCUUCCCAUAGCUC